AUGAAAAUUCAGCAAACUGAAAGGAUUGGAAGGAGUACUAGCUUUACCAAUACUACUAUAUAUAUAUUUCCCUCUCUCAAGUUUAGCUACAUACUCACACCCACAUUUUACAUCGACUCAAGUAAACUUACCUCCCCACACAGCACAAACUGCCGGCCCUCUCUUAAGUCUACUCAUGGUGGGCGAAGGCGGUAACGGCUCACGACACAUGGUGUCGCGAGUCGUGUCUGGGCAGUGGUUCAUGGUGUUCUCUGCCCUACUAGUGUUAUCUGUAUCAGGGGCCACUUACAUGUUUGGAUCAUACUCUCAAGACAUCAAAGAUUCCUUAGGAUAUGAUCAAACUACCCUUAACUUACUUAGUUUUUUCAAAGAUUUGGGAUCCAUUGCUGGGAUACCUUCAGGGUUACUCAUGGAAGUGACCCCACCUUGGGUUGUAUUAGUUGUUGGUGCUGUCCUUAAUUUCUUUGGCUACUUCAUGAUGUGGUUAGCUGUUACCAAACGAAUUGAUAGGCCUGCUGUUUGGCAAAUGUGCUUGUAUAUUUGUGUAGGUGCAAAUUCCCAAGCAUUUUCAAACACAGGUGCACUUGUUACCGUUGUAAAGAACUUUCCAGAAAGUCGAGGAGUUGUUUUAGGCCUAUUGAAAGGUUUUGUUGGUCUAAGUGGUGCAAUAAUAACCCAAAUCUAUCAUGCCUUAUAUGGUGCCCCUAAAUCAAAUAAGGCACUUAUUCUUCUAAUUGGUUGGCUACCCGCCGUUAUAUCCUUCGCAUUCUUAAGAACUAUUCGAAUGAUGAAAGUUGUUAAACAAAAAAAUGAACUCAAAGUCAUCUAUGAGCUUCUUUAUUUUUCCCUUGGCCUCGCCGGUUUUCUUAUGGUUAUGAUUUUACUUCAGAAGACAACGCAUUUUACUCGAGGCGAGUACAUAGCCAGCGGUGUUGUGGUAACUUUACUACUCCUUUUACCUCUUUAUACAGUAACUAAAGAAGAAUACCGGCUAGUGAAACAGAAAAACCGUGAUUUGGGGGGUUUUUCUAAUAACGUUAACAUUGUGGUGAAUAAUGAUGAGGGUAACCAACCCAACGAUCUGUAUGACUUGCAAUCCACGCCUAAACCUGUCUUGUCUAGCCCAUUAACCGUGUCUAAUAGUAAGGAAAGUCAAGUUCUGAAUAACGUUACCAAAUCAUUAAAGGUUAAACCAAGAGAAGUAGAUGGUUGUUUUGAAAAUAUUUUCCGGGCACCUGAUCGAGGAGAUGAUUACACGAUAUUGCAAGCACUUUUCAAUAUAGAUAUGCUUAUUUUAUUCAUCACUAUAACUAGCGGAGUUGGUGGUGCGUUGACUGCAAUCGACAAUUUAGGUCAAAUCGGAGCAUCACUCGGAUACCCAGCUAAGAGCAUAGACACAUUUGUCUCUCUAACUAGUAUAUUGAACUAUUUGGGUCGGGUCGUCGCCGGAGUUUACUCUGAAAAGUUGUUAAAAAAGUACAAGCUUCCAAGACCUCUUUUUCUCACAUCCAUGUUAUUGCUCGCUUGUGUGGGCCACCUUCUAAUAGCUUUGAAUGUACCUAAUGGGCUUUAUGUAGCAACUGUUGUUAUUGGGUUUGCUUAUGGGGCCCAAUGGCCUUUACUCUUCAGCAUAAUAUCCGAGUUAUAUGGGCUUAAAUACUACUCAACUUUAUACAAUUUUGGGACUAUUGCAAGCCCAGUUGGGGGUUACAUUCUUAAUGUGAGACUAACGGGCUAUUUAUAUGAUAAAGAAGCUGAAAGACAAUUGAUAGAUUCUGGCAGGAACAGGAGAACAAAUGAAGAGCUAAAUUGUGUGGGACCCAAAUGUUUUCGUUUGUCAUUUCUUAUAAUUACGGCUGCAACACUUUUUAGUAUGUUUAUUUCAUUGAUUUUAGUAGUUAGAACUAGAAAGUUUUAUCAAGGUGAUAUUUAUAAAAGGUUUAGGGAAGAUGAAAAAGUUGUUGAGACUGAGAUGGUUGAUGGUACUCCAAAUCAAGAGAAUAAGAUCGAAACUCAUUAGUAACAAUGUCAUGUUUUUUAUGUUUAUAGAUUGGCGGAGUCUAUAUGUAGACUCGAUCUUAUGGCCUAUGUAUAAUGUUGUAACGUACUCCCUUGUACCUUCUAUAGUAUACAAUACUUAUUGAUUUAACAAGCUAUUAUAGUAUUACAUAUAUUGAUUAAGUAUUGAAAA